AAAAACCAAACUAAAUCCAACGGCCGUGAGCGAUGCAACAAUGAUUGUCACCGGAGCUUGCGACUUCUCUUCAUCACUCUCCGUCGCCUCUUCCUCCUCCUCCUCCGCCAUCGCCGUCUCACCCUUCAACGUUUCAUCUCUCUCCUCUAACCCCAAAUUCAUCAAUUCCAGCUCAACUCUCUUCCGUUCCCUUUCCCUCUCCCUUAUCCACCAUCGCAGCAGCUACUCACGCCGCUCUCUCCGCCGUCUCUCCUCCUCUCAUAAAAUUAAUGGGAACAAAACCCAUUUCUUCCCCAAGUCCUCUCCGCGGACUCCACCACUUUUCACAGCUAAUUCCACAGCUCAACGAACCGGGACUUUCGUCGAACACCUUACAGGCAUUACAGAAUCGGAAGAAGGAAACAGUGAAUCCAACGAUUUCGGUGAUGUGGAGUCUGCAAGGAACGACAUUAGAAACGUUGCGACCCGUAGAGUGGAAACGGAGUUUGAAGUGAGAGAAUUGGAAGAGUUGCCGGAGGAGUGGCGACGGUCUAAGCUUGCGUGGCUGUGUAAAGAGGUUCCAUCGCAUAAAUCCGUGACGCUUGUGAGGCUCUUGAAUGCUCAGAAGAAAUGGGUUCGUCAAGAAGAUGCUACUUACAUCGCUGUUCACUGUAUGCGGAUUCGUGAGAACGAGACUGGAUUCAGGGUGUAUAGAUGGAUGACACAGCAGAAUUGGUACAGGUUUGAUUUUGGGUUAGCCACCAAAUUAGCUGAUUUCUUGGGGAAAGAACGAAAAUUUACGAAAUGCCGAGAGGUGUUCGACGAUAUUUUGAAUCAAGGGCGUGUUCCUAGAGAGUCAACAUUUCAUAUUCUUGUAGUUGCGUAUCUAAGUAGCUCAGUAGAAGGCUGUCUCGAAGAAGCGUGUAGCGUUUACAACAGAAUGAUUCAGCUUGGAGGGUACCAACCGCGUCUUAGUCUACAUAAUUCUUUAUUUAGAGCUCUCUUGAGCAAACAAGGAGGAGGGUCUUUGGAUGGUCACCUUAAGCAAGCUGAGUUUAUCUUUCACAAUGUUGUGACAACAGGGCUUGAGGUUCAGAAGGAUAUCUAUAGUGGAUUAAUCUGGCUGCAUAGUUGUCAAGACGAAGUUGACAAAGCUAGGAUAAAUUCUUUGAGAGAAGAGAUGAAGAAGGCUGGUUUUCAGGAAAGUAAAGAAGUUGUGGUGUCGUUACUGAGAGCAUAUGCGAAAGAGGGAGGUGUGGAAGAAGUUGAGAGGACAUGGCUUGAAUUGCUUAAUCUAGACUGCGGUAUACCUUCUCAAGCGUUUGUGUACAAAAUGGAAGCUUAUUCAAAAGUUGGCGAUUUUGCAAAAGCUCUGGAGAUAUUUAGGGAGAUGGAGAAGCAUCUAGGUGGUGCAACUGUUACUGGAUACCACAAAAUCGUUGAGGUUCUAUGUAAGUUCCAGCAGGUGGAAUAUGCAGAAUCUCUCUUAAAAGAGUUUGUAGAAAGCGGGAAGAAGCCGCUCUUACCCUCAUACAUCGAGAUAGCCAAAAUGUACUUCGAUUUAGGUUUACAUGAGAAGUUGGAGAUGGCUUUUGUUGAGUGCUUGGAGAAAUGUCAACCUAGCCAGACCAUAUAUAACAUAUACUUGGAUUCACUGGUUAAGAUCGGCAACCUUGAGAAAGCAGGGGAUGUCUUUGAUGCGAUGAAGAACAACGGGACAAUCAAUGUGAAUGCUAGAUCAUGCAACACCCUUUUAAAGGGAUACCUAGAUUCUGGUAAACAAGUGCGGGCAGAGAGAGUUUAUGAUCUGAUGAGAUUGAAGAAAUACGAAAUCGAACCACCGCUCAUGGAAAAGGUUGAUUACAUCCUGAGCUUGAAGAGAAAAGAGGUGAAGAGACCGUUGAGCAUGAAGCUAAGCAAAGAGCAACGUGAGGUAUUGGUAGGUUUGCUGUUAGGUGGCUUGCAAAUCGAAUCAGACAAAGAGAAGAAGAGCCACAUGAUCAAAUUUGAAUUCAGAGAGAAUUCUCAGGCUCAUCUGAUUCUGAGACAACACAUACAUGACCAGUUCCGCGAGUGGUUGCAUCCUUUGAGCGACUUUCAGGAGGAUAUUAUACCGUUCGAGUUCUACUCCAUUUCUCAUUCAUUCUUUGGGUUUUACGCUGAUCAUUUCUGGCCAAAGGGCCAGCCAGAGAUUCCAAAACUGAUUCACCGGUGGCUCUCACCACACUCACUUGCUUACUGGUACAUGUACAGCGGCUUUAGAACAUCGCAAGGUGACAUUAUCUUGAGAUUGAAGGGAAGUCUAGAAGGUGUUGAGAAGGUAGUAAAGGCUCUGAGAGGCAAAUCUAUGAUGUGUCGGGUUAAGAAGAAAGGAAAAGUCUUCUGGAUCGGACUUCAGGGAACAAACUCGGCUUUGUUCUGGAAUCUAAUAGGGCCACACGUAUUGGAGGACUUGAAAGAUCAUUUGAAACCUGCUUCUGAAUCAAUGGACUUUGAAUCAUGCUGUUGAUCAACGUGACGACUGUUUCAGUUCAGGAGAAGCACAUAUCGGAUAUAACUCAAAACUUAAUGGAGUUUGAUAUCAUCUUUGGAUGUAGGAAGUUAGUAAACAUAUCGAUAUUUGUUUGGAAUAAAAAUCACUUAAGCUAAGAUCGAAAUCUUGAACUGGCAACUAUAUUUGAACCACUAGACUAACUGACAUUUUUGCCGGAUUAUUGAUAAAAUAAUCGACCACAAGCCAAUGCUUCAUCAGCUCGGGUUAAGGGCCGGCUCUAGAAACAGAAAACUAGACUAAUAGUUGGUCGUUGCGGUUGAUGUUGCUUUGACGUGAAGAUGGUGGUAGCUUGCCUCCAGCGACGAAGAAGACGAUGAGUAGAGAAGUGAUCCAAAUUCUGGGCCGAUUAAAAUGGUGCAAGGACUAUCUUGAUGGCGUAACCGUCCGUGGCUUUCCUUAAACCUAGGUUAUGAGGAGAGGAACCCAUGAACACUUAUAUACUAACAUUAUCUCCCCUAUCCUACCGAUGUGGGAUUUUAUCAAAUAUCCCGCCCAUCAAAUACCGACGUCUCGGUGCUAGCGGUUUUGGGUCAUACAAGUGGCCUUCACUUCAGCCCAUACCCGCACCCUCGCCCAUACUAGUCAUACCGAGCCGGCAAGUCGGACCAAUUGAUAGAGUUGCAUAUGAGAUAAUAGUCUCAUAAAGCCCAUGGACCCUUAAUGUCUCCCAAAAACCUAGGUUAUGAGGAGAGGAACCCAUGAACACUUAUAUACUAACAUUAUCUCUCCUAUCCUACCGAUGUGGGAUCUUAUCAGUUAUCACCCUCAACACGAUUUAAGGUUUGGGGCAUUACAAUUUGGGAUAUUAUUUUGUUACUUCUUCAUCUAUGGUUCAUCUUAGCUACCUCGUUUUCAGAUAUUAAGUUGAUUAAUCUAGACAUCGAAAGUGUUGUUAAGUUUCUUGAAAAGAACAUAGAUGAGUACCUUAGCCAACAAAGUUGAAGCUAAUGUACUUUAUGAACGUAUCAAACUUAUACUCGUUGCUUUGCUUGAAUCUAUACUAUUAAAGCAGGAGUACUCACUAGACUCAAAUUAGAUCAUGACUUUGUUUUGAUACGUUUUUCAUUAAAAAUGGUUAGAGAAUCGCCUAAUUUAAUUAAAUUACUUUAUAGUUUUAAUUUAUCUAAAUGACGUUUAUACCCAUAGGGCCAACACAUAUUUACAACCGGGUUGACAUGCGGAUCAUGUAUGACCCGACAAUAGUAGAUUUCAAAAUACGCGGAUCCGUUAGUAACCCAGAUUUACACUAUUCGGAUCGUGUAUUUGGUUUGAUUCAAGAAUAAUUAUUUAUAUCGCCAAACAGAGGUAUAAUCCCUAGAAAGAAGGAAACUAUUAUCCGAGUAUUUAAUGGCUUCAGUAAUAUCAAAUAUUAACUACUACCAUACUUAAUCCCUAUAA